UUGCGAUUUUAGUGCAAGAGAUUUUAGUUUUAGUUUAAAUUCUGUGAAAUAUCCUUAAAAUUUACAUGCUUGUGCCAAAAUGACUGCUGACAAAACGGAAAAUUCGUUGCGACCGAUGCACUGUGAGCUCAACAUACUAACCAGAUCCGAUGGCUCUGCCAUGCUGACGCAAGGUGAAACCGCCGUCGUCGCCUCGGUGAACGGUCCCAUCGAGGUCAAGCUGCAGCACAUGAACGUCGAAAAGGCACGCAUCGACAUCUACUUCAAACCCCGCUCCGGAAUGGGCAGCGUAAACGAUCGGCUGCUGGAGAGCUUAAUUAGGAACACAUACGAAUCGGCCAUCCUGACGGGGCUUCAUCCCCGGACGGCCAUUUCCGUCCAGAUCCAGGAGAUGCAGGAUCUCGGUGGGCUGGUGGCCUGUGCCAUCAAUGCCGUGUGUUUGGCGCUGAUGAACAGCGGCGUCGAGAUGAAGUACCUGGUUGCGGCGGUGCACAGCAUCUUGCGGGAGGACGGCGAAAUUGUACUGGAUCCGGAUGCGCUACAGUCGAAGGAUGCGCGGGCCAAGUUCACGUUUGUGUUCGAGAAUUGUACGAAGAAUACGGUUUCGAUCUACACGCACGGGAAGUUUACGACGGAGCAGUACCACCGGGCGCUGAGGAUGUCCGAGGAGGCGGUGGCAAAGGUGUUCGAUUUCUACGGGGAGAUUGUCGGGAAGCAGAGGGAGGUGCUGUGAAAUAAAGGCGAGCGGAUGGAUGCGAACG